ACUUUUGUCCACUUGCGUUUGUUUGAGGAAGAGAGAGAAGUGGAGAUGGAACAGACUAGAAUAACAAGGAGUGAAACUGAGUAGUUGUUUUUUCUUCUUCUUUUUUUUUCUUGUUGAGGUGAAUGGGUGGGGGCGGCUGGGUAAGAUUGUAAGGUGAAUGGAUCUGGGGAGGGAUUGGGUUUUAAAAGGACACCACGUGUUAAUUUGUACUGAUCCCUAUGAUAUUUCUCGAGGAGUGUCGCCUAUUUAAGUGACACGAAACCUUAAUACAAAAUCACUUCAGAGGAGGAAAGACACAAAGUGAUUUUAUCAUAGAAAGGACAGAGCCCACAUACCGUGGUGCUCAAAGUGAACUUCAGUUCUUGUGAAACAUCGGACGCUGAAACUAAAAAUAAUUCUGAAACAGCUAUAAAUCUAAUCCGAAAAGAAUCGGCAAAGACCCAGUAGUAUAGCAGUCGGAUUUUUGAAACCUCCUCUAACUACAUUAGGCAUGGCGGGUAGCCUGUUACGUAUAGCUCUAUUUGCGUGUGUCAUGUCCUGUUGUCACGGCUCAGUGGCAGACAGAUGGAAGGCAUACGCAGAGAGCGGCGUGGGACAGAAUAGGAGCAGAAUUCUGUUCUGGGACUGGUAUAACGAGCUGAUAGAUAGAAUUCUGGGAAAUGGUGACAACAGCGCUCUGUUUGGUACUGGCGAUGGCAUCGGAGCACUCCUGAACAGCACAGACCCCCCAAUUGCUGAACUGAUGUAUGAGUGGACAACUUUGAAGUAUGACUUUCCUAAAGGCGUGGAGGAGAUCUUUCUUGAAUACGGCGAAUUCAUCCCAAAUACAAAUUGGAUUGCUGGGGUCCAGGUAUAUAAAGAUGAAGUCUACGUCACAGCGCCCAGAGUCAAAUACGUCAAGGGAACUCCCUCAGGACUCAAUAAAGUGGUCGUGAAAGACGGACAGGCAUUGCUCCAACCAUUUCCCGAUCUAAGCUUUCAAAAACUGGGCAGAUGUUCCGCACUCCAGCUUCCAACGAGCAAGGCUAUUGAUCCGAAUACAGGUUAUAUGUACAUCAUUGACACCGGGCGAGCUGGAGUGAUUUCGGCGAGCCCGGGGAAUUUCUGCCCUGCUAAGAUUGUGGUCUUGGACCUCAACGACAACGGGCGGGUAGUGAGAAGCCACGACUUCCCAGACUCGGUCGUAUCUAACACAUCAAACUUCUUGAACGACAUCGUGUUAGAUUACGUCACGCCAGAUGGAUCGGAAGUCCGGUACGCGUAUAUUUCUGAUACUGGCGAUGCGAAUCUGGUGGUAUUCGAUUUUCAGACGAACACGUCAUGGGCUUUCAAGGACACGACAAUGACACCGGCACCAAACGGUAUCUUGACCAUUAAUGAUGUUAACUACACCAUGGACUUUCCUAUCAACGGAAUCGGAAUGUCUCCCAAUUUCGAUUACGUCUACUACUGUGUUAUUGGCAACAAUAACCUGUACCAGAUUCCCACGUCAGUCCUCCGAAACAAAACCGCAGACUUUAAGGAAUAUGUUAGGAAUGUUGGAGACAAAGGUGGGUCCUCUGACGCAAUUGUUGUUGGGAAGAAAAAUCUGUACUUCGGAGUAAUGCAAGAAAAUGCUGUUUCCGAGUGGCAACGCAGCAAAGACAUCAAGUCCCAAAAUGUCUCCGAAGGCGAGGUCAACAUGGCCACCAUACAAGAGCUGACCUCUAACGACGUGACCAUGCAAUGGCCGGACGGCUUCACUCUGGACGAUAAAGGCUACCUCUGGUUCACCACAGAACGUCUGCAGCUCUACCUGAAUGACAAGAUGGACUUCUCUGGGGGUCAGGGCUCCAAUUUCCGUGUCUUCCGGAUGUUCGUUGGUGACGUCAGCUACUUGACAAAACCCACGAGUGGAAAGAAGAGUUGGUGGGAGGAAUAGCCUUCUGAAAGAUUAAAAUAGUAUCAACGAAAUAGAUGAGAUUAUAUUCUAAUAGUUUAGUAAGCGUCUGUCUCUGCACAUAUUGGCUUCCCUCUCUUCUGAUACAAACGAAAUGGUUUCAGCAACUAGGCUGUGUAAACGUUAAGCGCAUGCCUGCAAGCGUAAAAUUAUGCAGAAUACUGGAUGAAUGUUUUCUGUUACAUCUCAUUCCUGCCAAAAUGAAUAAUAAAAGAAUAAUAAACUUCUUUAUACCGCUACAAA